CGGAAACGAUAUAUUUUGUUUCCACGUGCUUAGCAGCUGUGGGGCAUGUUCAUGAGGUUUCAUACAGGCGGAACUGUAGCUCUCUGAUCAGGUCAGAUGGAUGAUAAGCUGUCAGAAGAGAAUGGCCUGUCAGCACUGACAGCCGAGGAAGAGGAAAUGGAGGUUACCUUGACUCAGCAGACUGAAGGCCAUACCGUCUCCCAUGGCAACGCUCACACACCUGACACUCACACACAUCAAGAGGCGGAAAAGGCAGAUGCAUGCACGCUCUCAGCAGUGAGGACACUGUGUGUGGAGAGUGUUUGUAAGGAAGAGAGCGAGGAAGACAGUUCAGAGGAUUCAGACAGCGACAGCUCCACCUCCUCCUCCUCUUCCUCUUCUUCUCCCUGCGUUCCUGUGUUAGCAGAGGAGGAGGAGGAUGAUGAAGGCUUCAGCCAACCGGCUCCUGUCAAAACACGAGAUGAGAUCCUGCUCGAGGAGCUCCCAGAGGUGGAGGAAGUGUGUGUGGCGUUGCCAGAGGAUGCACAGCUCCAGCCAGUAGGAACAGUCUCCAGUAUUCUACAGCAGCUCGUCAUCAUCCAGUCUCUGAAGGACACGCCCCCUCUGACGGACGACAGCAUCAUCUUCAGCUCCAGCAGGCUGGCUCUGGGGAAGGUGUUUGAGGUCUUUGGCCCUGUGGCCUGUCCACUGUAUGUCCUGCGCUUCAACUCUGCAGAGCAGAUCAGCAACAAGGGCUUAGCAGUGGGACAGACUGUCUUCUACACACCUCACAUCAAAGAGUACACUGGCUAUGUCCUCACACAGCAGCUGAUACAGUUAAAGGGAUCUGAUGCAUCUUGGAAGAAUGACCAAGAACCACCACCAGAGGCUUUAGAUUAUAGUGAUGAUGAGCAGGAGCAGGAAGCAAAGAAAAAGAAGAAACAGAAUGCCAAGAAGAAGAGGGACAGUAACAUCACUGAUACUCCCGCUGAGAUUACCCAUAGUGCUUUGCAGCAGCGGCCCCAUGACAUCAGGGGUUUCCCACCAAGACACACAGGGGCUCCCUUCAGGCACCAAGACCCCAGACACAAACACACACCGUUCCAGCACAGACAGGCACCACCUAGACACACUCACACCCCACCUAGACACACACACACCACACCUAGACACACUCACAUACCUCCCAUGUACCCGCCCCCUCCCUGCCCUUAUCCUCCUCCUCCUCCUCCUCAUGCUUUUGCACCCCCCAACUUUCCUCAUUACCCUCCUCCUCCUCUUCCUCCUCCCCCCUCCUUCUGCCAUCCCUCUUUCUCUUCUCCUCCGUGGCCUCCCCAUUCCAUCCCUGCUCCUCUCCCUUUCUCUAACCUCCCUCCUCCUCCUCCUCCUCCUCCUCCUCCCCAGUGAUGCCCGCCAGGCACUCCCACCUUGCACCACUUCAGUUAUGUUCCAGUUAAAGCUCAAGUUAGAAAUUUUUACCGGUGUCCUACACAAACAGCGACAUUGCACACAUAUCAUUAAGUUGACACACUAUUUACCUUUAGAGUUGUCAUUGUCUUCCCCUUGAGACAAAGCUGUUGGCUUACAUCAGUCAGCAUGGUGUGUGCUCACGCUUAUUACUCAGCAUAAUAUGCAAGAUCUUGGUGUUUAUUACUUGGUGGGGAAAGUUGACCAAUGGGCCUGUUUCCAAAAACUUGGUGUUCAUUAAACAAAAUGUUUGAAAUUAUAACAAAAUGAUCAACUGUGUAUAUAUAUAUAUUUUUUUUUUUAUUAUCAGUGCUUUUUUUGUUUUUGUAAAUCGACUGUACUGAGUAAUGGACUGAUGCAGUAUCAAAUAUAUGUUUAUUUCAGAAUGUG